AUGACAAUGAUCAACAAAUUCGACGAAACCGAUACAGAAGAUAUUACUAGCUCACUCAUUGAAUUGGGUUCACUGAAUGAUGAGUUGGAUACAAUGAAUCUUGAUUUUGACAAUUCUGACGAAGAAGUUUCUGAUCAUGAAGGUGAUAAAAUGGUUUCACAUACAUGGGACGGAAUAAAACCAAAGUCUGAUGCAGAAUUCUUGGAAGAUCACGAGCUUACCGAAGAUGUAAUCUCAACUUCGGAAGAUAAAGCAGUCAAUCCUAUUGAUUGCUAUCGUCACUUCAUCACGGACGAAACUAUUGGCCUCAUGGUUCGUGAAACUAAUCGAUACGCUCAGUACACGAUCAACGCUUCAACAAUAAAACCAACAACCAAUGCAGAGAUGCUCAAGUUCUUUGGGAUAAUUCUCGAAAUGGGAUUAGUAAAAAUGCCGAAGCUGAACUAUUAUUAG